AAAAAUGUUUCAGGCGGGACUAUCGCUUAAAUAAGUUACAUGUCGAACCCAUAAACGCCUCUUUAGAUUACAGAAACAUUGAUCUUAGUGAAAAGUUAAAUGUCGGCGAUAUUCCUAACGCUGUCCUCACAACACCGUACGACUUCAGUAUUCAGCCCAACACCGAAACAGACUGGACACCAGUUACUAACACAAUGAUCUCAUUGGUAUGGAUAAAUGGGCCUGUUCGUUAGCAGCAGCGGAUUUGAAUGUAUUCCCCAGAAAGAAAUAGAACACCGAGUGAAAGUGAUUUGAGACAUGGAAAUCUUGCCAGGUGACACACAUGUUCAGGAGUGUCCAGUUUCUGCCACAAGUCCAGUUCAGAAAAAAUUCAAGUUGGACUGUUCUGUUGACUGGAGAAAAUCUACCAAGGCCAUUGACUUUGUAGAAGGAUAUAAUGUUUACAAGCAUGAUAAGGAUACAAAGACAGCCACAGACUUGGUAGAUAAUGUGGAUGAACCUGAAGCACAGAGUCGUCAGGGACAGAUAACUCCAUUAGAUACAGUUGAACAGACGAUGCAUGGUAUGAAAGAAAAGAAACUUACCACCAAAACUGUGGGUUUAAAGGUCACACCAGACUUUUUCUACAGUAACCUCAAUAUUAACAACUUUGGCAAAUUGGAAACAAAAUUUAGUGAUGUCACAAUAAAUGCUGUAAUUUGUCAUGAAACAAAACAUUUGGAUGUUACAAAUUCUUCCAGUGAUCAUCUUGGUGCGAAGUCCGGUGAACAUUUAGCGAUGCAAAAUGAUUUACUACGUCAAGCAAAUGGUGAAAGUGACAUAUUUGGGAGUCAUUCCUGUUGUACCAAUGAAAGGGGAGAUGUGUGCGAUACAAUUUCACCAAUGUCAAAUAUUGUCUUUGAUGAAAAUACUGUCAAAGUGUGCCAAGAAGCCACAGUAUUGACACAUUGUGUGGAGAAUGUGCUGAGCAGUGUUAACAAAGCAUUAACAAAUGAUCGAGAGGAAUGCAAAUUGGAUAAAGAUGACCAUAUUUCAGAGUAUGUGGCUUGUGAAAGUAUCAAAAUGCUUGAAACUGACAAGCAAACAUCCUUAACGUGUGUUAAAAGCUGUAUGCCAGUGUGUUCUUCUGAAGGAAAGCCUGAACAAGCUCCAUGCGGAGUGAACGGUUGUAAUAUUGUGACAUAUCAAGAGAAACAAUCCAUUCCAGAAGUUAAUCAAACGGGCACUACAAAAAAAUAUGUCCCAGUGAGAGGUGGACGUACUGUUGUGUAUGUACACAGUGAUGAAUACAUGCAACUGUGUGACGCCAUGAUUAGGGUGCCUGGAAGGGUAGGUAUUGUACAGAGGCUCUGUAUACUGUGUGACGCCAUGAUUAGGGUGCCUGGCAGGGUAGGUUUUCUACAGAGGCUCUGUACUGUGUGA